GACAGCUUCACAUUCCCUUUUGAGAUCUGCAUCUAAUGGGCGCCUGGAUUGUCCCCCCACUUGUUGACAGCUUGGUGUGACAACUAGAUCUGUUCCUCGAAUCUUACAGGCGCAGCGUCGACUACAGGCAGUCGGAAAAUGUAGGGACAGAGCUGGAAUUUCUUUUACACUAUUUAGAAGUGGAUUUCUGAAGACGAUGAUCAACGAAGGAGGGAGUCUGAGCAGGGUAUCUGGUGGCUAUAUCCACGUCGUCGGCAAGCCCUGCAUGACUAGGAUACAGCUACUCGUAAGUACAAGGGGAUGACAAGGAUCUCAUCCUAGCACUGGUCUUUGUAGAAAGUCGAAGUUGUCAGACAUCGGGACCACUCCACUUUGCAACUGGUGACAAGCUACUUAUUUUCUUCCCUGAGGUUGCUUUCUGACAACUGCACGUACACAUUGUUGUCGAGCAGUCUCAAUCUUGCCCUCUUCCGAAAAGCUGUCUUUCACAAUCAGCUCUGACCCUCCAUACUCGAUCGACUCGGUUCCGAAUAAGUGCAGUUUGCUUUGGGGAGAAACGCACCAUUGGCGCCUCAAAUCUUGUGUUGAAUGCCAAUUGGAUGAGCGGCUCUACGAAAAGUUCGUUCUGAUUUGCCCCACUAUCAGUCACGAAAAGGACCGGACAGACGGGUCGAUACAAGACUGUCGGGACGCAACAAUCUCACAACGAUUACAAUCAAACAGAUAAUUCAUAAUGGCUUCAAGUACACAAGAAAUCGGGAGUGAGCUUGCAUGGAGUCAGAACGAGCAAAUAUCCAAGCCAAUGAAGGCAACACCACAGACAUCAGUAGAUGACUUAAUCUGUAUCGGAUUCGGACCAGCCUCCCUCGCAAUCGCCAUCGCCCUCGAAGAUGCUCCCACCUCGCCCAAGGUAUCCUUCCUUGAGCGUCAAUCCCAGUUCGCAUGGCACUCAGGCAUGCAACUCCCAGGAGCAAAGAUGCAAAUCUCCUUCCUCAAAGAUCUCGCUACACCACGAAACCCCCGCUCAAAGUUCACAUUCAUCAACUACCUCUUCUCCAAGAACCGCCUCAACACUUUCAUCAACCUAGAUACUUUUCUCCCCAGCCGACUCGAAUACGAGGACUACCUCCGGUGGUGCGCAAGCCACUUCGAAGAUCGCGUGAGCUAUGGCCAGGAAGUCGUUGAAGUAUCACCAGUUCUCACUCUGAGGAAUGGCAAAGUCGCACAAUUCAGAGUCGUCGCAAGAGACAUCGUCACCGGAGAACUCAGCACCAGAUUAGCUCGCCACGUCGUGAUCGCCGUAGGUGGAAAGGGCAAAAUCCCCGCAGAACUCCCACAAUUCGACUCAAAGGUCGUUCACUCCUCAAAAUACUCACAACAAGUCGCCCAAACACUGCCAGACCAGAACAAAGCCUACAACAUCGCCGUAAUCGGAAAUGGACAGUCCGCUGCAGAGAUCUUUAAUGAUUUGCCCGCAAGAUAUCCCAACGCGAAGGUGACUCUGGUAAUCAAGGGAACCGCGCUGAGACCUAGUGACGAUUCGCCGUUCGUGAAUGAGAUUUUUGACCCGGAUCGUGUGGAUGGUAUUUUUGCCGAGGGUGCGGCGCUGCGAGAGCAGAGAAUCAAGGCCGAUAAAGCGACGAACUACGGUGUUGUGAGAUUGGGUCUCUUGGAGCAUUUGUAUGAACGAUUUUACAUGCAAAGACUGAAGAGUGAAGAUGAGCGCGAUUGGCAAGUCAGGUUGAAGACGAACAGGAAGGUAGUGAGGUCGAAGGAGGUGGAUGGGAAGCUGCUCUUGACAUUUGGCAAAGUUGUUGAGGAUGCGACGCCGGAGGGGAAGGAGGAUCUGCUUGUUGAUGCUGUGUUUGUUGCAACCGGGUAUGAGAGGAAUGCGCAUGAGAGGAUGUUGAUUAAGACGAGAGGGCUCUUGACGGAUACGGCGAGGGAGUUGAAGAAAUUCCCUGUUAGGAGAGAUUACAAGAUUGCGUUUGAUGAACACAAGGUUGCUUCCAAUGCCGGUGUUUGGUUGCAAGGUUGCAAUGAGAGUACGCAUGGUUUGAGUGAUACCCUUCUGUCUAUCUUGGCGGUUCGUGGUGGCGAGCUGGUGCAGUCAAUGUUCGGGAGGGAGAGCGUUGAACAGCAGGUCCGAGCCAAGUUGUGAUUUUGUUUUUGUCGGUACUUAAGGUCUGAAGUUCGGUACAAUCGGAUUUUGAAGAGGCGUAACAGGAUGCUGCAUUUAUAUUGAUGGGGAUUCCAGUUGUAUCUAGAACCUGUCACUUCCUUUCAUCAAAAUAAACAUUUCCUCAUUUUAAUUCCAUUAG